AUGGCCCGCGACAAGUCUCAGGAAUCGACCAAGUCCACCGUCGCCAAGAGCACACAGAUGCGCUCGGCUCAGGCACUCAGCUUCUGGAGCAUGUACUCUUCCGUCGCGGCGCACAUAAAUCCAACGCGCUACAUCACGGUGGCCGACCUGGCGUGUGCCGUGGCCACCGUCCUGGCCAUCGCGGUGCUCAUACUGAGCCUCACCUUGUUCGUCAGCAGGCCCCUCGAUUUCGGGGCGAAGAACGUGUUCGUGAGCGGCCACUUCGGUCGCGUCCAGGGACUCAGCCACAAGGUGUUCGGUCACACGGACGUGUACGCCUUCCUGGGCGUGCCGUACGCUCACCCGCCCGUAGGAGAGCUACGAUUCCGGCGUACCUUCACGGACUACGACAUCGACGCCAGACGGGGCUUGCUGAUCGACGCGACUGGGCCCAAGCCGGCGUGCGUGCAGAGUUCCCCCGACAAAUUGUUGUCGGCAAUCUCCGAGGAUUGCCUGCACCUCAGCAUCUGGACGACGUCGCGCGAGUGCCACUCUCCCGACUGCGCCAACAAGGCUGUCCUCGUGUUCCUCCACGGUGGCUUCUUCCAGAUGGGCGGCAACAUGCACCCUUUAUAUGACGGAAAGUACCUGGCCGCUUACGGCGACGUCGUCGUCGUGCUGCCCAACUACCGUCUCGGGGCGCUUGGAUUUCUGAACGACGACACUAGCAAUGCUCCCGGAAACGCGGGCCUCUACGAUCAGCUUUUGGCUCUCGAGUGGACGCGUCACAACAUCGGUAGCUUCGGCGGCAACGUUUCUAACCUCGUACUCGUGGGCUACGGUGCGGGCGCAGCGGCUGCCGGGUACCUGCUCCUCAGCAAGGCGGCUGGCGUCGCCGAGGCGGCCGUGGUGCCCCAACGAGCCAUUCUGAUGAGCGGCAGCCCUUACACCAGGUAUUUGAUUAACGCAAUUAUGUGUUCCGCGUAG